AACUAGAGGAAGUGCGGCAGUUAAAAAAAGCUAACAGGUUUCAAGUGUGAAACAGUGUGUGUGUGUGUCGGUGUUUGUCUGUGAAAGUGUGUGUGAAAGUGUGUGUGAAAGCAUUUGUGAGUGUGAGACUGAGUGUGCUACUUUUAAGACAGAAACAAGAAUGACAGACAUGGAGACAAAGCCAACCUUAGAGAAGACAGAGGGCGGAGACAGUACAGCUGCAUUUACCCCGCCUCCUUAUCCUACUGACCCAGCCUUCAUGCAGCAACCUCCUGCCUAUGUGGCCCCUCCCUACCCCUACGACCCCACGGUUAACCCCCCGGGCGGAGACGUUCCACCUCCUGCCUACGUGGCCCCUCCCUACCCCUAUGGCCCCACAGUUUACCCCCCAGGAGCCCCGGGCGGAGACGAUCCACUUCCUGCACAGAAUGUUACCACUGCAGGUUCGGCAGCAGGGGAUCAAGAAUGUGGGACUGGAGCCCCGGAAUUCGUCACGUCCUCGUUCGAUGAUAAGACCGUGCGAAAAGCCUUCAUCAGAAAGGUGUUCAGCGUGGUCACUGUGCAGCUGUUGGUCACCUUCUCCAUCGUGUGUGUGUUUACAUUCUCGGAGACGGUGAGGAAGGCUGUGCAGGAUGAAAUCUGGAUCUAUCUCAGCUCCUACAUCAUCUUCAUGGUGGUGGCGCUGGCACUGAGCUUCUCCUCGUCCCUCUGCCGCAAACACCCGUGGAACUUCAUCGCCCUAUCAGUGGUGACCCUCAGUUUGUCCUUCAUGGUUGGAACGGUAGCAUCGUACCACGACACAACAGCUGUGAUCAUUGCUAUGGGAUCAACACUCGUGAUCUCCUUCAGUAUCAUCAUCUUCUCUGCCCAGACUCGUGUGGAUUUCACGGUGUGUAACGGCAUCCUGAUUGUUCUGGCUGUGGAUCUGCUGAUGUUCGGGUUCUUCAGUACCUUUUAUUACUCCAACGUUCUGCAGAUCGUUUAUGGAAGUCUCGGAGCGCUGCUCUACGCACUGUUCCUGGCUGUCGACUGUCAGAUGGUGUUGGGGAGACAGAAAUACAGCCUGAGCCCUGAGGAGUACGUCUUCGCCGCUUUGGUCAUCUACCUGGACAUCAUCGCCAUCUUCCUCUACAUCCUCAUGAUCCUCGGAGGAAGCUCGAAAAGCUAA